GCGCGCGUGCUCGCGCUCCCGCCAGCCGACGCCCAUGCCGUCGACGCCGUGCUCAACUGCUGGGCCGGGCGCUUCGCGCGCCGUAACUUCCCGCUCCUUAUUCGUGAAAUCACAUUUGCCGGGUCCUUGCAACACGCUGUACAUGUGUUCCGCUGGAUGAAAAACCAGGAGAAUUACUGUGCUCGUAAUGACAUUUACGGUAUGAUGAUACGAUUACAUGCCAGACACAAUCUGGUUGAUCAAGCACGUGGCCUCUUCUUUGAGAUGCAAGAAUGGCGGUGCACUCCAGAUGCUGACAUAUUCAACUCUCUAAUCCAUGUGCAUGCUCGGGCUGGUCAAUGGCGCUGGGCCAUCAACAUUAUGGAUGAUAUGCUUCGUGCUGCUAUACCUCCUAGCCGGACUACGUAUAAUAAUGUGAUAAAUGCAUGUGGUGCUGCUGGUAACUGGAAAAAAUCUUUGGAACUUUGUAAGAAGAUGACAAGAAAUGGUGUGGGGCCAGACUUGAUUACGCACAAUAUUGUAUUAUCUGCUUUGAAGAAUGGAUUUCAGUAUUCAAAAGCCAUAGCUUACUUUGAGAUGAUGAAAGGAGCAAAUAUCACCCCAGAUACUUUCACAUUGAAUAUUGUCAUCCACUGCCUCGUGAAAGUUGGACAGUAUGGGGAAGCUAUUGAAAUAUUAAACUCGAUGAGGGAUAAAAGAACACAGUGUCCUCCAGAUGUUGUUACAUACACUAGCAUUAUGCAUUCUUAUUAUGUUUGUGGGCAAGUGGACAAUUGCAAGGCAGUCUUUGAUAUGAUGAUUGCUGAAGGAGUUAAACCCAAUACUGUGUCAUAUAAUGCACUUUUGGGUGCUUACGCCUCACAUGGAAUGCAUACUGAGGCCCUGAGAGUGUUCAAGCUACUGAAACAAAAUGGUUUACGACCUGAUGUAGUUUCCUAUACCACUUUACUGAAUGCCUAUGGUAGGUCUGGACAGCCUGAGAAGGCUAGGGAGGCCUUUAAUGAGAUGAGGAAGAACUCAUGCAAGCCAAAUAAAAUUAGUUACAAUGCACUUAUUGAUGCUUAUGGAUCGGCUGGGAUGUUGAAGGAGGCCAUUAGUUUGCUGCAUGAAAUGGAGAAGGAUGGCAUUCCACCAGAUGUUGUUUCAAUAAGUACUCUGUUGACUGCCUGCGGCCGCUGCAGGCAAAUAACAAAAAUUGGCACAGUUCUUGAAGCAGCGAAAUGUCGAGGCAUUGAACUUAAUAUAGUUGCUUACAACUCAGGCAUUGGAAGCUAUUUAAGUUUUGGAGAUUACGAGAAAGCUUUGGAGUUGUAUGCAUCAAUGAUGGCCAGCAAUGUCAAUCCAGAUAGUGUAACUUACAAUAUACUCAUCAGUGGAUUGUGUAAAUUGGGAAAAUAUGCAGAAUCUCUUAAAUUUUUUGAAGACAUGGUCGACUUGAGAAUUCCAUUAACCAAGGAGGUCUACUCGUCCUUGAUUUGUUCAUAUGUCAAACAGGGCAAACUAACUGAAGCAGAAUCAACUUUUAGCUCAAUGAAAGAAUCCGGCUGCUUCCCUGAUGUUUUGACAUAUACUGCAAUGAUUCAAGCCUAUAGUGAUGAUGGGAGUUGGAGGAGUGCGUGGGACCUAUUCAAAGAGAUGGAAGGAAAUGCUAUACAGCCAGAUGCCAUUAUAUGCUCAGCCCUCAUGGAAGCAUUGAAUAAUGGAAGCCAACAUGAAAGGGUCCUUCAAUUGAUGGAAUUCAUGAAGGAAAAAUGCAUCCCAUUAAACCAAAAGGCUUAUUUUGAGAUAAUAGCUUCAUGCAGCAUGCUAGGAGAUUGGGAAACAGCAAGUGAAAUAGUUGAAUAUUUGGAUUCGUCACUCUCAUCCAUUUCCGUUGGGACACUAAACCAUCUCCUAAAUUUUCUUGGAAAAUGUGGGAAGACAGAGAGCAUGAUGAAGCUGUUCUACAAGAUGGUGAAUUCUUGCUCUGUUCUGGGUCUUUCUACUUAUACGGUUCUGCUGAGAAAUCUAUUAGCUGUUGGGAAAUGGAGAAAGUACAUUGAGGUUUUACAAUGGAUGGAGGACGCUGGGGUCAGGCCAACACUAUACAUGUAUCAAAGUGUUCUUCCAUAUAUGUGGAGGGACAAUAGUAUGGAUUACGUCUCUCUUAUGCAAGAAAAAAUAAAUGCCUUGAGAGAGAAGAUAACAUGAGUUUCAGACAUAUAAAUGCAUGUCUGUAAUGUGAAGCAAAUCCAUCGCGAAAUAUGUGGACAUCACUGACCAUAAAUGAUAAUAGAGUUUGCUCUCAGGACCUCCACAAAGAUUAUCAAGGUCAAGUUAAUGUCUGAGUAUAGCCCAGCUAGGUGCCCCAGCCCACAAUCUGACGCCGUCAUAAUAGUACAAGAGCAUCUAGGAAGAUGAUCGCAUAUCAGCAUCCAAGAAAGAAAAGGGGGAUACCUAGUCUUUCACUGUUGCUGCUACAUCAGUGAAAACUCGCUUGACUUCGGCAGGGUUGAAUAUAUUAUAUUGCUUCUAACUA